CACUGCAGGGUGAACCAGGCACGUACUAACUUCGAAAUUAAAACCAUCACCUUUUCUAAAUUAAAAACAACAAAUGCACAAAGUGUUACCCUAAUAAAUGUGAUAAAUCGAAAAAAAAAUAACGUCUUCAAACUUAAGUACAUCGCGCGUAAAAAAUUACCACAAUAUUAUAUGUUAAAUGUUAAUAAUUUGGCAAAAAAAAUAUACUGUGAAAGUGAAUUUAGAUAUGUUAAUUUAACUAGUCAAAUAUUUUCAAAAAGAUUGAUGAUAAACUUUAAACAGGUCAGUUAUUCAGUGGGAUUAAAAUACGGAUCUGUAUAGGUAUUAACAAUCGGCCACGCUCGGCUGACUUCGUGCAUUUCCGCAGUUUUCCAACCCUCGUAGAGAUGCCUCUACGGGAACCCAAAAAAAUCUUUAUCAUCCCCCACAAAACCUACUCAAAAUGGAUUUAAAUACAAGUGAACAUAUAAGAGACUGUUUAGUUUAAAUUUGUGUGUAUUUAUUUAGUCACGUUACAGUUUUUAGUUGAGUUUUAGUGUUGUGUAGUUAAAUGUGCAUUACUUGGUGCUUGGAGUAGAAAGAUAGUACCAUGAAGAACGUUGAUGACGACGAUGACUGAGAAAGAAGUGAACAGGAUGUUGGGGCCACCGCCACGGCUGGGGCUGAAGGCGGCGAGCCCCAGCGUCCCCGACGAGGACUGCAACAGUAACACCAGCCUCGCCGGAAGCCUCCACUCGACGCACGAUGAGCUCGACGCCCACUGCGAUAACUCCGGAUAUUUAUGGCUGCUCGAUUAUAAUCCGAUGUUUCGGGACGGAUCGUGCCACCACAUCUCAGUACUGUCCUCGGUGUCCGCAUCCUACAAGGGCAUAAGCGACCUCACGUCACGGUUCGAAUUCGCAUCACGCUACAAAGACAUCGCCCGGGAUCUGGACGCCAAUCUCGCUGAAGCCGAUAUGGAGAGUUUCAAGACGGAAGACAUCCACGCUCUCUUGAUGACCGGCGACUUGCCUCACGACGCCAUUAUUGAUGAUAUAACACACGACUUCUAUACUAAUUUCUUGGUGGACACGGUAUCAUGUAACGGUGUAUUGCAGAGUAACCCCCAAGGCGAGAUGUUCGCGAGCAUAUCGAGCUCACUAUUGGAAAAGUUUCGGUUCGACAGUUCAAUGAGCGGCAGUAGCUUGCAGGGUGAAGAAUCCGUCGGUUCUAUCAAUACAAUGUCAAUAUGUAAAUCGGAGUUGCUGUUCUCUCCGGUGAAAGAAGGCGCCCAUGGAGUUCACUUCAGCGUUGAUAGCCUUGACUGUGAGCUGCCAACUGAGCAAGAUCUCAUUCUCACGUGUCAGGCUAAUAAGGACAAUUACACCAUUGCCUUCGAGGGCAGUCUCACCAUUUACUCUGAGGACAGUGAGUGUGCUGAACCCGCCGUCAAUCAAAAACAUGACAAACUGGUUAAGAGAUUACACGAGGGUACAGAUUUUAAUAUAGCAUUAGAUAGUGAUGAACGAACGCGCAGGAAUUUAGAAUUAUUAGAGAGAUGUAAAAAAUUAACUAAUAAGCUAACUACGUCUAUGGCUAGAAGUGAUUUAGGAUUAACUACCUGGUGUAAGCUUAAGAAACAGACCAAUCAAUCGCCUUUGAAGAGGCACCCAUCUGGAAAUAACAAUGAGAACACAAAUGAAACAACUGAUGCAACAAAUGAAAUGUCCAAUUCAGUAAUCAAAAGUCAAAGCUUACCCAACUUGUAUAGAAGGAAACUGCUGAGCAGUUCAAUCAAUUCUGCAGCCUUGAGCAACUCAACGGUCGACUCUUUUACAGCCAACCAAAGAAUAAUUGGGACGUCGACAUGCAUGAAGGUUUAUGAUGUUUCACAAAACCGUUCUACCCUUGGAAGCCAACAUUCGGAACCUAUGAGUACCUCAUCAUCAGAUAAUCAAUCGUCAUCUGAAAAAAGCCAAACAAAACAGCAGCCUUUUAAUUUAGUAAAGCUGUUUAUGAAACAGAAAAGUAUCAGUAAUGAUGGUAUAGUAAGCAUGGAUCAAUUAGAUCGAUCCGAAUGCUGGCCAUCAAGUUCCGGUGGAGAAAGCGGAGAGUCAAUGGGGGAGCAAAGAUUGGGCACUUUAAAAAAUACUCUUCUUGAAAGGCCUCAAGUUGAUUUACCAAUUGAAGCGCUCGAAGAAACGUCAUCAGCGGUAUACGAAGAAAUCCGACCAACAAAUCCAUAUAAUAGAGUCUAUGAUGAAGUAUUAAUAGAAGAAGAAGAAAUUGAAGGUUCUAGGUUAAGUGAUAACGAAUCUAAUUUAUAUGCUGUUGUAAACAAACCUCAUCUUAAAAGAGCAAACCUAAAUAUUACAAAUAGUCCCUCAAAGGGACGAUAUAGUAGAAAAUCCUGUUCCUCUCAGUCUUCGGCAACCAGUGUUAGUAUUUCUAGUUGUUCAGAGUCUGAUGGUACCCAAAUAACAAGAAUGAAUAGGGUGCUGCAGAGAGAGCCAUGUGAUACAAAAGCCACUUCAACGCAUUUUGAAGUCGAUAAAUUAGACAAAAGCAUGCAAACUUCGUCACUACCAGUUUCAUCUAUAUCACAUGACCGAGACAUGUACAAGAUCGUAGAGGCUUCAUUUCUUGAAAAAUUAAAAGAGGGUGAUUGUGAAAAGCCCGUUUUUGUUUUAUAUCCUAAUUAUACUUUGCCAGACAUUAGCUUUUUGAACGGAAGACCUAAUAUAUAUUUGAGUCCUGUAAAGGUAAACAUAUCACCGAAAUCAACUGACAGCAAAAGAAAUAGAAUGCAUGUAAAAGGCAAACGACCUUUUUCAUGUAACGAUGUAGAAAUGCUUAAGAAAAAAGGUCUCGGUCAUAUCAAAGAUUGGGAUUCUCUUAAUUUCUUGUUACCCCUAGAAUGUAGGCAGUUGCUUUCAGAAAUGCCUGAAUUGAUGCAAUACGUUAAAGAAAAAGAGGUAUCAAAUAAAUGUGAUAAAUAUUGUAAUGUCUUACCUGCAUCAAAACAGAGGAAUAGACCAAUUAGUUGUGAUUGUAAUAAUUUAGCUAACACUACAGCAGUUUCAUCAAGUUCAAGUACAGCCACACAACCUUCAUCAGGAUAUCGAGGUUCAUCAACAAUGUUAACCGAUGAAUCAGCUCAGAAUAGCCCGGCUCCUACGGGAAACUUCAAUCCAUUAUUUGUAUACCGCUAUGACAGUGCUACAAGUUCGGAAGCCAGUUGUGCUAAUACUGAAGGUCAAAGAAUAAACCCCUCUAUACCAAAACGGUCAUUAUCACUUGCCGAUCAAAAUAGAAUGGCGAAACAGGGAGAAUUUGCUCCUCCACGGCCUCCGUUACCCAAAAGUAUUUUACGUAAAUCUAUGGAUAAAACGCGCAAGUCUACUGCACACACUAAACGAUAUAGCAUGUUCGAAUUAGACGAUUUUCUUCAAGAUCCAAUUGUGUGCGGCACAGCUGCUGUGGAGCAUAAAACUAAACGAAGAUCACUACAAGAACCUUAUUAUCUCCAAAAUCAAACAAAUUUUGAGUACAGAAAAAAUAAUGAUCUGGCUGCCAAAAGGUUAUCUCAACAGUUCUUAGACGCAGCUGAUAAAGACGCGGAUUAUAACGAAUAUUAUCAAGAUGAAGGAGUUGGUACUGAAAGUAGCCUUGAGUCAGGCAAAUCUAAUGAAAUUAAGUUUCACAGGCCUCAUACGCCACCACUUCCUAAGCCAAGAACAAAGCAAAUGGAGUAUACGGAUUUCCCACCACCCGGCGCACUUAUAAGCAGCGCUGAUUUACAGCAGCUAGAAGAAUUUCUUAAGCAAAGUGGCAUUAACUGCCAAAACAUGGAUGAAUGGGAUCAAAAUCAAGUUCAAAAGGUAAGAAGUCAAGUUACAAAAUUUCUUCAAAUGAAACGUUCCCAAGAAGAAAAUCAAAGGUCUACAGAUUCAAGUAGCAGUAGUUGCAACAGCAAGAAAUCUGUUAGCUUUGCUCAAAAGCCAGAUACUAAAACUGAGGUACCACAAACACAGACAAAAGCUGUUGACGAACUAAAAGUGGCAAGUGUUGCUACACCUCCAAAUUCUCCAAACAUAUCUGCUAUGGUAGCACAAAGACACUAUCAGGGCAAAAAUUUAGCUGAGAUCCCUAUUUGUGAAGAAGGAGAAGUUAGUCCAGAUGAAUUCUCAAAUCCUACUACACAUCACGAUGGAAGACAAAAGUACGACCUGAUUGAUGUUUCCCAAAAAAGAGCAUUAGUAUCUAAUGUGACGGAUGCUGUUGAGAUGUUGAUACAACACUUCUCCCCCGCCACGGAUCAGGCCGAACUAGGUUUUCUCGGUGAUUCAAAACAGUCACCGGCUUGCGCUAAGAUUGCCCUAAAUGCAUUGUGCCCAGCAUUAUACGCCAUAUUCAGAGAUGGUCUAAAAGAAAACAUCGAAACUUCUUUUGGUGCAGUCAAUAACUCGGUCUGGCAAAUGGUAGAAGCCACUGCUAGACAAGGUCCCAUAACAAAAUCCCUUAAUGAACUGGUUUUAAGAAUAAACAGCGAAGACGCAGUAACCGAAGGGUUGGUCAAAUUCAACGCAUUUAUUUUAGGUUUACUAAACGCACAAUCUGUAGAUGCCUGGGUAUCGUAUGUGCGGACGAGAGAAUCAAUUCUUGCAAAGCACUACGACCCUGAUUCCCUCAUCUUAGCUGGUUGCGUUGGAGAAUCGCGUUGUAGAGCCUUGUUGGACACUUUGCUCGCCAGUCUCGAACCACUGAGAUUAUUGCCAUUCUCACUCGAUCUUAUGUUUGAAAUGCGAGAGUUACACCGGAGCUUCAAAAAGAUCGAGAACGACAUGAGAGCUGCUAGUCGGCCCACUACGAUUAACACUCCGCCACUAACACUGAACCAGAGAAACCUGCUGAAGCUGGUCCGUUCGAUGCAAUCCAGCGCAAUUUCGAGUGACGACUGUCAGACCAGUGUCAUCAUGAGACACAAAGAGCCGAGAAACAAAGAGCCGUCCACGCCAGACUUGUUGAACGAAUCGGCGAACGUUAAGACUACUGUUGAGAAAAAUAGACCGAGGUCGUGCGUUAAUCCAUCCGCUAUAGGCUACGACAUGUGCCCUAACAACAGUAGGAUCGAGUUAGAGACUAACAGAAGAUGGUCGGGAGUGCAUCUUGGCUCGAAACUGAUGCAAGCUUUUGACAGAUUAGUAUUCGAUGACAGUGACGAUUACACUGAUAGUCUCGAAAACAAUAAGCCCCCCGCUAAGGCAACCGGCAAUGACACGAAGCUGGACACGAGCGGCGAGGAGCAUUGGCGGCCGAGUUCAGCGAACAGCAGUGCGAGUGGCAACACUGGCAGCAACUCGGGCGGGAAAUUCCGACGGUUACAACUCAAAUGGGAAAUGCUGAGUACUGCUGAAAGCCCUGUCACGCCUUCUGGUGAAACGUCGCCAGCUACAGCGCGAGGAUCCAAAAUUCCACGGCCUGUUUCAUCACCUGUCCGGCCUCAGGCGCCGGCAAUACAGUCGCCAGCCAAGAACACCCACCGAGGCAUUCCCGUACCAGUACGUAAAGGAACGUCGCCUACCUCCGCGACUCCGCGUCCCAACACAGCAAGGACGACCGCAGUCAGUAAGAAGCCGCCGCAACCAGCUAACAGAGUUAUACCCGAGAAGUCGACGAGAAAAUCUACGGACAAAACUCAAAUACCAAAGGGUGCUGUUAAAAAAGCAAACAUUCAGAAGUCACCGGCGUCUCGCGUAGACGGCGCGUGCGUGGGCGGAGCGCCGCGGCCUGCGUCGCUGCCGUACGGUCGCGCCGCACCGCCGCCCGCCCCGCGCCGCGCAGCCUCCUCGUCUGCGGCGCGCGCGCACGCUCACCACGCACAACAGCAGAAGAACAAAUACGUGAGAACGCUUUGGCACAGGCUGCCGUCAGAUUCUGGUCACCUGGCAUUCAACGAAGGCGAGAGACUGCGGCUGAUUCUGGAGGUGGACGACCUGUACUUGCUCUGCUGUCGCGGAGACCAGAAGGGAUUAGUUCCCCGCGAUGCUGUGCUUUUAGAGGAUUUCUGAUAUUGGCAGGGAUAGCCCGACUGGCAGCCGCACUGGCGCCCUCUGCGUCUUGCCAGUAACGCGCGCCACUGAGUGCCAGCGAGCCAGUGCGUGCCAACUAGCCAGUGCAUGCCAGUGCGGCCAGUCGGCUUAAGAAACACACUUUGUAGAAUUAUGUGUACUCUUGUGCAGUGAAUAAGUGAAGGAAGUGGAAUAGAUAGGGACAUGUUAAAAGUUUCGAACUGUUGUCGGUUAGUUAGACAAUUGAGUGGUAUUGAAGUGAAGUUUGUACAUAGGUGGACUUAUGGCUGUAUGUAAUAGUCUUCUGAGGUUCUGGAUUUUUUCAGUAUUUAAUUGUUUAUGUUACCCGAAUCGAAUAUUUCUCAUCCGGAUUGUAUCUCCUGCCUUUGGGCGGGGAUUAUCGCGACUGCGAUAUCGCUUCUAUUUUUUUCUAAUAUUGAUUUUUCUUUUUAUUCUUAUGACAUUUAAUUUGAUAAUACAAUUUUGAUGUAAACUUCCUUGAGUGGACAUUAAGGAUUUUUAUAAAAUUAUUAUAUUGACUGAUCGUUACGUCACCCGUCGUGACUGUCCCCGCCCACCGGUGAAUUUGACAUCAAACAGAAUUUUCGCACAUUUCUAAUUUUGUAGUAAAAUCUAGUCUUACGUUUUAAGGCACGACAUUGUCUCGGACUGUACAUAGAUCGUCGUAAGUUACACUAGUUGCCGGAAUGUUCAUUGUGGGUGCUUGGAGCAAGGCAUUUAGGGAUUUAUAUUCGUGACACUCGCAGUCAACGUUCCCGCAAUGGGAUGUGAUAUAGAUGUUUACAUUUUACUCUUAAGGACAAAAUCUCGUACUAUAAGAACAAACUCCCGUUUACGAUAAAUCGUAUCGAAGCUCAAGUCGCCUCGAGAAAGACGCUCGACGAAAAACGAUUAGAUAAAUUUAUUGGAAUCGGUGUCUAAGAAUAACAGUAACUUAAUAAGUAUUUAACGGUAUAUAGAACGUUUGUAUUAUGUAUAUAGAAAUUGUAUCCCUGUGUAAUUUUAAAUCGUCGUAAAGGGUAAAGGUCUCUGAUUCGUUAAAGCCUUAAGGCAUCACGGGCACUGCCAAUAGAAAACAAUAACUGAUGUACCUCAGACAUAACUUCUGUGUAGUUAUUAACAGCAUGCGGCCUCUCCUUUACACCAUCCUUUUUAAUCUGUGGUAUUGGAUAUCGAAAGUUUUUUAAACUCUUUGUUUCUGGCGCAAGUGUACAUAAUUGUUGGAAGCGUUAACAAGGUUGUGGUACUAAUCGCAUGGCCUUUGUCCAAUCUCCUUUCCUACGUAUUCCUACAUAAUGUACUCCGCGAAGGUUCUCGAAGGUGUUGGACUAACUUUGUCGGCAAACUGACCGCAUGCGCCCUUCCACUCUUUCUCCUCCUAACUCCAGCACUACAGUCAACUCAACUAUCAGUCCCGUGCGGAUUCAAAGGGAAAACACUCAUUUUCCUCAUUUUCCUUCGCUUUAUGCUAAGCGUUGCCCGUAUUGUGAUAAUAAAUCAUAUCACCGCUUCACGCCGGGAAACGGUAACGGAUAGAAAUCAUAUUUUUGGUAUGUAUUUGUAUUGCUCAAGAGGUGGGUUUUAUUAGAUGUUGUAUUAAUCGAAAACAUAAUACUCCUUACGUAAUAAUCGUAUUAUAUACUCGUGUUUUAAUCGCAACGUUCGUUAAUCGUGUAAAGUGUGUAAAUAAAUAUACUUAAACAUUGGUCGUCGUAUUAGUAAAAAAAAAAAUUUAAAUAAAUAAUCAAAAUUGUAACAAAUUGAAGCACGAUACAGUUCCUCUAGUAGUCGGGCGUGCUAUCGAGUCACAACAUCGAUACGUUGUAUUGUAGUUGUACUUAUUGUAGUGCAAAUUUAUCGUAAACUGACGUCUUUCUCGAGGAGCCUCACAACUUGCCGACUACGUCCGUAUUCAUGAGGUCCAUGAGGUUCACGACCUCACGGCCCUCCCUAGGACGCCAGUUGACAUAGAAUGUACCAUAGUGAAUCGCUUAUACAGUAACUGUUCUAACGUUAUUCGUAGCAUAGUGCAUCAUGUAUCCAUUGUACGUUUGUAAAAUAGAUUCAUCGUGUUAGUAUUAUUCGCGCUUUGUGACUGAAUGAUGUGAUGUGGCCUUUUGUAUGUAUUUAAAGAAUUAUAAAAAUAUGUUGUGUGUGCUUGCAACGUUGGUAUCUACAUAACGUCGCCGCGGAGAAUGCUUCGAAAUUAUCAAAUUCAUACCUAUCUAAUAGAAAUAAUAACGAUAUGAUAUACUCCAAGAAAUCUCUAAUAGCCGUUUAGGUGAAGUAUGCCUUAAAUUAAAUUGAAUAGUGAUUGAACAGAUACGCAAUGUUCUCGCUUCGACGCUCGGAACUAAUCGCUUGAUACGCGCAUGUUAACUUUAGAGGAGUUUGUUUAGUCGUAAGUUUUUAAACGGUUUGUAUUGUGGAGGAUGUUGAAAGUUAAUUUUUAUAAGUGAUAUUCCUGCGCGUUCGCUCCACGCGUUCGCUCAGCGCGUUCGCGCACGCGUUCGCUCCGCACGUUCGUUCCGUGCGUUCGCGCCCGCAGUGGUGAGGUGUCCUCUGGUACAAAACAUUAAAUUAUUGAGUUCUUUGCUUUGUAUAUUUUUAUUAUUUAUAAUUUAUCUGUACUAUUGGGAACAAUAAGUUGAAAUUUGAGUUAUAGAUUUUAUUUUCUUAAGAAAAAAAAAAUUAUGAAUAAAAAUAAAAAAUAGAGAUUCGUUAUUACGAAACUCGACGAACGACUGAGAAAAUAAUUCCGAAUAUUUAUAAGUUAAUCUCGAAAUAUCAUCCCGUUUUUGAUUAGAAUUUCAUCAUCAACAUUGUAUGUAUUGUUUAAAGAUAUUAUUGUGUUAAGUGCCAUAAUUUAAAGAUUUAACAACUCAUAAAAUAUUAUUAUAAUGCAUAACCAUGUACACCAAUAAAACAUUAUUAAACAAAA